CGAAACUCAGAGACCAAAAAGGGAUUCAAAUAAUUUUAGAAUAGUAACUCUAACAAUCGUGUAUUAUUUUAUAAGCUAUCACUUUGGAAUUUGUUCAGAAACCCAGACCAUCAUCCUAUGCGCUAUCAUAUUUGUAUCUUUGUAUAGACGGGCGAAAAUUACCUAUUUGAACGGUAGUAUGGCGUACUUUCUUGGCUGUCAGUCUAAAAUCGACUGGAAUAACCAAGUUGUGUUCUUGACAGGCGGUUCAAAUGGGCUAGGAAAGUCUCUCGUCAAAGAACUCCUCGUGAUGCGUCCUAAACUAAUCAUAAAUGUUGAUAUUGCCGAUAAUGAUAUCACUCACGAGAGACUUCAAACAAUCAAUUGCGACAUCGCAGACAGUACACAACUUCAGUCCGUCUGUAAAACUGUCAUCAAAGAGCAUGGUACACCGACAGUUGUUAUCUUGAAUGCUGGCGCUUUUGACGCAAAAUCACUCGUUGAUAGCACAACUAGGGAUUUCAGAAAUACCCUUGACGUUAACUUCACCAGCCAUCUGGAAAUCCUCAGUGCAUUCUUACCUGGUUUCAUCGAAAGAAAUAGCGGGCAUAUAGUCAGUAUAGCCUCGAUUCUUGGUGAACUUCAUGCAGCUCAAGCAGCAACAUACUGUGCUAGUAAGGCAGCCGUCAUAUCUUUAUUCCAAUGCCUUAGAGUUGAUCUGAAACAUUUGCAUAAUGCUAGAAAUGUCAAAACUAGUCUUGUUUUACCAGGGUUGAUUCAAACACAAUUAUUUGGUAAUGUAAAACACAGCAAAUCAUCCAGAUUACCUAGUUGGUUGACUGAUUUAGCCUUACCUUCAAUUAAUCCGAACGAUCUCGCGAGAAGAAUUAUUGUAGAUUUGAAUACGAGACGCACUGGUGAUAUACGCUCGCCAUACUUUGUUCAUGGAGCUAGCUGGUACUAUCAUUUACCUCAAUUCGUACUAGAUAUUUUAGAAUAUGUGUUCAUGAUUAUAUUGAUCACGUCAAAGCCGCAAUCAAGAAAGAGUAGAGAUAGCUAAACGACGGCAGACUCGCUACGCGAUUGAUUAGCUUGUGCUUGUUUCUGUGCAGU